UAAGUUUCCGCUGUUUUACAUCACCUCCUUCUAUUUUUUUGCCAAAACCCCAUAGUUUUCUUCCUUUUAAAUCUUUCAUAUUACCAAUUAAUAACUCUAGUCGUUCAGAAAUGGAUUCAUAUACGACGUCGUCUUCAGCAGAAAGUAAACUCCUUUUUCGUCAGUUAUUCGACAAGGAAUCAUCUACUUAUACUUACCUUCUUGCUGAUUCUCUGCAUCCUCAUAAACCAGCACUGUUGAUUGACCCCGUGGACAGAACAGUGGAUCGUGAUCUUGCACUAAUCAAAGAAUUGGGAUUGAAGCUUAUAUAUGCUAUAAACACACAUGUUCAUGCUGAUCACGUCACUGGCUCUGGCUUGAUUAAGACUAAGUUCCCUCAUGUGAAAUCAGUCAUUUCUAAAGCAAGCAAUGCAAAAGCUGAUCUUUUUGUUGAACCUGGUGAUAAGAUCUACUUUGGAAGUAUCUUUCUGGAGGUUCGUGCAACUCCUGGUCAUACAGUAGGCUGUGUUACCUAUGUUACAGGAGAUGGAGUCAAUCAGCCUCAGCCAAGGAUGGCAUUUACUGGUGAUGCUCUAUUGAUAAGGGGAUGUGGAAGGACAGACUUUCAGGGUGGAAGUUCAGACAAAUUAUAUGAUUCUGUUCAUUCGCAGAUUUUCACAUUGCCCAAAGACACAUUAGUAUAUCCUGCUCAUGACUACAAGGGGUUCACCGUCAGCACAGUGGGGGAGGAGUUGCUUUACAAUCCUCGCCUGACAAAAGAUAAGGAAACUUUCAAGAAUAUCAUGCAAAAUUUGAAUUUGUCAUAUCCAAAAAUGAUCGACAUAGCAGUUCCAUCUAACAUGGUUUGUGGAUUGCAAGAGACGAAAUCUGAUCUCUGAUUUGAUCCUUUUAAUGGUACCAGAAGCUGUAAAUUGAGAGCAGGGAUAUACACAUUUGAAAGUGAAAACUGAGUUUAUAUAUGUUUGUGGAAAUAUUGAAUAUUAAAUAUUUGGUUAUCCAAUGAGUUUAUAAGAGCUUUCCUGUGAUAAUAUGAAUCUUGACUGGUUUUAUGAAACUUCAUAAUAUGAAAACAGUGAUUCUUUUA